GGCAUCGGCGGCAACGUGCUGACCAUGCUGGUGGUGUCGCGCUGCCGGGCCAUGCGCACCACCACCAACCUCUACCUGUCCAGCAUGGCCUUCUCCGACCUGCUCAUCUUCCUGUGCAUGCCCCUCGACCUGCUGCGCCUCUGGCAGGCGCGGCCCUGGACCCUGGGCGACCUGCUGUGCAAGCUCUUCCAGUUCGUGAGCGAGAGCUGCACCUACUCCACCAUCCUCAACAUCACGGCGCUCAGCGUGGAGCGCUACCUGGCCAUCUGCUUCCCGCUGCGCGCCAAGGUGGCCAUCACCAAGGGCAAGGUCAAGCUGGUCAUCCUCGGCCUCUGGGCCGUGUCCUUCGCCAGCGCCGGGCCCAUCUUCGUCCUGGUGGGGGUCGAGCACGACAACGGCACCAGCCCGGCCAGCACGGACGAGUGCCGCGCCACCGAGUACGCCAUCCAGUCCGGCCUGCUCACCGUCAUGGUGUGGACGUCCAGCGUCUUCUUCUUCCUGCCCGUCUUCUGCCUGACCGUGCUCUACAGCCUCAUCGGGAGGAAGCUGUGGAGGAGGAAGAGGAAGAACAUGGGGCCCAGCGCCUCGGUCAGGGACAAGAACAACAGGCAGACUGUCAAAAUGUUAGCGGUGGUGGUGUUUGCUUUCAUACUCUGCUGGUUGCCUUUUCAUGUGGACCGAUAUUUGUUUUCCAAAUCUUUUGAGGCUGGAUCCUUGGAGCUGGCAGUAAUUAGCCAGUAUUGCAACUUGGUGUCCUUUGUCCUCUUUUACCUUAGUGCUGCCAUCAACCCUAUUCUGUACAAUAUUAUGUCUAAGAAGUAUCGAGCUGCUGCUUGCCAACUGUUUGGACUCAAACCACUCCCAAAGAAAAGACUCUCUGCUACAAAACAAGAAAGCUCUCGUGCCUGGACAGAAUCUAGCGUUAUUACCUGA